UCUCUCUCUCUCUGCCAAUAUGCCUAUAUAUAUACGCACGCAUAUAGUAUUCUUCUGGCAAGCUGAGACAAGAAGGAGCAAGCCCUCCUCAUUGUAACAGCUCUUUCUCUCUCUCUCUCUGUGAAGUGGGUGAGAGGGCAAAAUUAGAAAUGGCUGUUCUCAUGGUGGCUCUUGGCCUUCUGGUCUUGGCGCUUUCUCUUUGCGCAGCUUUGUUGAGAUGGAACCAAGUCAAGUACAGCAAGAAAGGCUUGCCUCCCGGCACCAUGGGCUGGCCAGUCCUCGGCGAAACCACCGAGUUCCUCAAGCAAGGCCCCAAUUUCAUGAAAAACCAGAGGGCAAGGUAUGGGAAUUUGUUCAAAUCCCACAUACUGGGCUGCCCUACCAUAGUUUCCAUGGAUGCAGAUGUGAACAGAUAUGUGCUGAUGAAUGAAGCGAAAGGGCUUGUUCCGGGCUACCCACAGUCCAUGCUUGACAUUCUAGGCAAGUGUAACAUUGCGGCUGUUCAUGGCUCCACCCACAAGUACAUGAGAGGGGCAUUGCUUGCCCUUGUCAGCCCCUCCAUCAUCCGAGCCCAUCUCCUCCCCAAGAUUGAUCGCUACAUCAGAUCCCACCUCUCCAAUUGGGACGGCAACCUCAUUGACAUUCAAGAAAAAACUAAACAGAUGGCCUUCCUCUCCUCGCUUAACCAGAUUGCUGGUCCAGAAUCCGUCUCAAUGGCUCUAGAAUUCAUGCCUGAAUUCUUCAAGCUUGUGCUGGGAACUCUUUCUCUGCCCAUCAACCUUCCAGGGACAAACUACCACGGAGGAUUCCAAGCGAGAAAGAAGAUAGUGAGCAUCUUGGAGAAACUUUUAGAGGAGAGAAGAAGAGCUCCUGAAAAGGCCCAUAAUGACAUGCUUGGAAUGUUAAUGGCUGGUGAAGAAACCAGACACAGCCUAACUGAUGAAGAGAUAAUCGAUCAAAUGAUUACCAUCUUGUACUCUGGAUAUGAAACUGUUUCAACUACUUCUAUGAUGGCUAUCAAGUAUCUCCACGAUCACCCCAAUGUUCUUCAGGAACUAAGAAAUGAGCAUUUCGUAAUAAGGGAAAGGAAGAGGCCUCAAGAUCCAAUCGACUGGAAUGAUUACAAGUCUAUGAAGUUUACUAGAGCUGUGAUAUUAGAGACAUCAAGAUUGGCUACCAUUGUUAAUGGGGUUCUGAGGAAGACUACUCAAGACAUGGAGCUCAAUGGCUUUCUAAUUCCCAAAGGAUGGAGAAUAUACGUUUACACAAGAGAGAUUAAUUACAAUCCAAACCUCUAUCCUGAGCCCUUUACCUUCAAUCCAUGGAGAUGGAUGGAUAAGAGCUCAGAGUCUCAAAACUAUUUCAUAUUUGGAGGCGGCACCAGGCAGUGCCCAGGAAAGGAACUUGGAAUUGCAGAGAUUUCUGUAUUCCUUCAUUACUUUGUAACUAGAUACAGUUGGGAAGAAGUAGGGGGAGAAAAGCUAAUGAGAUUUCCAAGAGUUGAGGCACCAAAUGGGCUGCACAUUAGGAUCUCAAGCUACUAAUUUUGUAUUGUACAGAAGAGAAGUUGUAUAGAAUCCUAGAAGCAACAAUUAGGGCUGUAAAAUGAUUUGAUCUUCUAACACAUUAGAGACUGAAUGGAAUUGGGAUUUUCUCAUUUUUGCUAACUUGUUUGUUCAACUCCAAAAUCAAUCUUAAUAGAUUUGAUGAAAGGCAAGAAAACUUUAUCAUGU